UGAGGAAAAAACCCUAACCCAAAAAUUGCUUCCAGAAAAUUAAUAAUUACAUGUUCUUUCUGUCUCGAAUGGAAGCUGAUGUCUCUAUCAUCUUACAUAUUAUCUCUCUAGAACGUUAGGUUUUUUGCGGUUACUUUAUUUUCUGAGAGAUCGGGAACUUCGGAUCGUUGUUGUUUGUGUAAGUGGUUGUGGUGGUUGGUGGAGGAAGAGGAGAUGAGGAGUGUGAGUUUCGUGUUCGUGGUAUUUCUUUUCGCUCAUAGGCUUUGGAUGGUGUCAGGGACCGUGGUUUUGAUUGGCAACAAUGUUACUUUGUCUUUCGAUGACAUCGAAGCUAAUUUCUCUCCACUGGUUCAAGGGUCUGGUGAAUGUGGAGUAUUGCACUUGGCAGAGCCGCUAGAUGCAUGCUCAGAGUUGACAAAUAAAGUUGAGCGAGUUUUGAAUACUAGCUUACCAUUUGUGUUGAUUGUUAGAGGAGGAGGAUGUAGUUUUGAAGACAAAGUGAGAAAAGCGCAGAAAGCAGGUUUCAAAGCUGCUAUUGUCUAUGACAAUGAAGAUGAUGGAGUCUUGGUUUCAAUGGCAGGAAAUCCAGCUGGUGUAAAAAUACAUGCUGUGUUUGUUUCCAGAGCUUCUGGCCAAAUACUCAAGAAUUAUGCUGGCUUACCUGAUAUGGAGCUGUGGAUUAUCCCGAGCUUUGGAAAUUCAGCAUGGUCAAUUAUGGCAAUCUCCUUUAUUUCUCUCCUUGCAAUGUCUGCUGUGCUGGCUACGUGUUUCUUUGUGCGCAGACAUCAGACAAGACAAGAUUCACGGGAAAGGCCUCAAGCUUCUCGCGCGCGGGAAUUUCAUGGAAUGAGCAGCCGUUUAGUGAAAGCAAUGCCAAGUCAGAUAUUUGCUUCUGUUGUAGAAGACAACUGUACUUCAAUGACAUGUGCCAUAUGCCUUGAGGAUUAUAGUGUGGGGGAAAGGCUGAGGAUUUUGCCAUGCCGUCACAAAUUUCAUGCUUUCUGUGUGGAUUCUUGGCUUACCUCAUGGAGAACAUUUUGCCCAGUAUGCAAGCGUGAUGCGAGGACUGCAAUGGGUGAUCCACCAGCAUCUGAAUCCACACCAUUGCUGUCAUCUAGCGCAGCUUCUGUUGCUUCAUCAGCACUGUCGUCUUUUCGAUCUUCUUUAGCAUCAUCAUCAGCCAUACAAAUACUGCCAGCAUCGUCAGUGCCAGCAUCAUCAAUGCCUCUUUCAGUUCCUCGUACUCAUUCGCUUGCUAGCACUCCAUAUGCUCAACAGUCUCUAAGAUCCUACCCUCAGUCUCCUUCCGUGAGUGUGAGCCGAAGCUCAGUUGAUCUUAGGAAUGCUUCUUCUCAAAGAUCCCAAUAUGCCCAUUUCGUUUCACCACACUCUUCAGGUUAUCCAUCUUUAAUACCAACUAGUUCCAGAUACAUAUCUCCCUAUAUUAGAAGCCCAAGCUAUGCCUCACCAAGUUUAAUCAGUUCAUCGGGUUAUCAGCCAAACCCACUGCGCUGUAGUGAUUCAGCUGCAAGCUUCUCUCCUUUUGCUUCUGCUCAUUCGCUUCCAGAAUCAUGAUUGGAAGUUACUGAAUGAUAAUUCUGGUAAAUGCUACAAAAGCUAUAUGACGAGUGAGCUGGCAUUUGUCAAACCCUUCUAACCUCUAGUUCUCACUUUACUGGCAUUGCUUGAUGAUUGGGUAUCAUUGUUGUGCUGGGUUGCUCUCUUGUCCCGUGGCUGGACGAUCAUGUACUGCCUGCAUUUUGUACAUUGUAGCUUAGAAGUUUGUGCCGUUGAUAUCGAGUGAUUAUUAUGCUAUCAUUAACGGAGUUUUGUGGUGUGUAUUAUUUUUGACAAUGGUGAAUAUGUUGAUCACUUUUUGC